UCUCGUUUCCCUGUCUCUCUCUGCACACACGACCCAAAACUUGAACCUCCAUAGAGAGAGAAAGAGAUAGACCCGGAAGAAAAGAACCUGUUCUUCCUCGGAAAGGAGUUGUUUGGUUUGUCACACAUUUAUCUCUCUCCAUUCCCAUCAUCUUUCUUCUCUGUUCUCCUUCUCUUCUUUCUUUUUUUUCCCUGGUAAAAUUUUCCAGGAAAGCAAAAGAAAAAACAAAAGAGAGAGAGAAUUGAGGGGAUAGAAGGUUGAAACCAAAAAAGGGGAAUACCCAGGUAAUUAAUUUGGCUUAAAAAUCCGAUUUUGAUUACUGGGUAUUUCUCCUUUUUUCUUUUUUCUUUCUCUUUUAUUUUGGUUCCUUCUUCAGAGGUGGAGGGUUUUGGUGGGUUGUGAUGGACUUGGAAAGCAUCGAGUGUGUGUCAUCCUCGGAUGGCAUGGACGAGGAUGAGAUCCACCCUCACCAUCAUUCUGAGUUUCCUUCCACAAAACCACGCAAUGGAGGAGCCAAUAACAACAAUUCUGUGGGUCCCAAUGCCAUAACUCCUGCAACCAGCGUCCAUGAGUUGCUGGAAUGCCCUGUAUGUACAAAUUCAAUGUACCCCCCAAUUCAUCAGUGCCACAAUGGGCACACGCUGUGUUCCACAUGUAAAACAAGGGUACACAACCGGUGCCCCACUUGUAGACAAGAGCUUGGAGAUAUCAGGUGCCUAGCCUUGGAGAAGGUGGCUGAAUCACUUGAGUUACCAUGCAAGUACUAUUCCCUUGGAUGUCCAGAAAUAUUUCCAUACUACAGCAAGCUUAAGCAUGAGACUGUAUGCAAUUUUAGGCCAUACAGUUGUCCUUAUGCUGGAUCAGAGUGUUCUGUUGUUGGGGAUAUUCCCUUCCUCGUCGCUCAUUUGAGGGACGAUCAUAAGGUGGACAUGCACACAGGAUGCACAUUCAACCAUAGAUAUGUGAAAUCAAAUCCCAGGGAAGUAGAGAACGCAACCUGGAUGCUCACAGUAUUUCAUUGUUUUGGUCAGUACUUCUGCCUCCACUUUGAAGCUUUCCAGCUUGGGAUGGCUCCUGUGUACAUGGCAUUCCUUCGUUUUAUGGGUGAUGAGAAUGAGGCUCGGAACUAUAGCUAUAGCCUAGAGGUUGGGGCCAAUGGCAGGAAACUCAUCUGGGAGGGUACGCCUAGAAGUGUUCGGGAUAGCCACCGGAAAGUUAGGGAUAGUCAUGAUGGCCUCAUUAUUCAACGAAACAUGGCCCUAUUUUUCUCUGGUGGGGAUAGGAAGGAGCUGAAGCUCAGAGUCACUGGAAGAAUAUGGAAGGAACAACAGAAUCCAGAUGGUGGAGUUUGCAUACCAAAUCUUUGUAGCUGACAUGUUACUUGAAGAGUAUUCUGUCCCUUUUGUGUUUCGGACACUCUUCUGAAAACUCUGUAUUUAUACCAACUUUUAUCAUGUUGUAAUAGGUUACUUAAGGCACUAAAGUUGCUUUCAUGCCUUUUUUUUUUUUAUUUUUUUAUAACUUUUACUAAGCUUUGUAAUGAACAAGAGCUUUUUUUAACUUUAAAAAUUGCUUGAUUCU